AUGAGAGGAAUCUCUGCAGUCUUCUUCGCGCUUGCGCCCGCGGCACUAGCACAGUCUCAGACACUUUGCGGCCAGUAUGCCUACUAUGCGAACGGUGGCUAUGAGUUCAAUAACAACAUGUGGGGUAUGAGCUCUGGCUCUGGCUCCCAGUGCACCUAUGUCGAUCGCGCCAGCUCGGGAGGCGUUGCCUUCCAUACUACCUGGCAAUGGUCCGGCGGCGAGAACAACGUCAAGAGCUACCCCUACGCCGGCCGCCAGCUUUCGAGCAAGAAGCUGGUGAGCCAGAUCGGUAGCAUCCCGACCUCGGUAUCGUGGAGCUAUAGCAACACCAAUAUCCGCGCCAAUGUGGCAUACGAUCUUUUCACCGCCUCAGAUCCUAAGCACUCGACGAGCAGCGGUGAUUAUGAGCUUAUGAUCUGGUUGGGCAGGUUCGGUAACGUCUACCCCAUUGGGUCCUCAGUCGGCCGCGUCACGGUUGGCGGCAAUACCUGGGAGUUAUUCUCUGGGUAUAAUGGAGCUAUGAAAGUGUUCAGUUUCGUGGCAACCAACCCCCCUGUUACCUCAUUCAGCUCCGAUCUCAAGCAAUUCUUCAAUUACUUGAGCAGUAACCAGGGGUUCCCAGCAAGCAGCCAAUACUUGAUUACUCUCCAAUUUGGCAGUGAGCCGUUCACUGGCAGUUCUACCACUCUGACUGUCAGCAGCUGGUCUGCGAAUGCCAACUAA